CUCAUCAUGAACAUCAACAUCAAGUACAGCAAAGCCUCAAAUAACGAAACCAUGGUUCAAGCGCAGUACGAGACAGAACAGUUCCUUCUCUUCGGAGACAGCAUCACCCAGCAAAGUUUCUCACAAGAACGCGGCUUCGCGUUUGGAGCCGCGCUCGCGAACGAAUAUGUCCGUCGUCUAGAUGUCAUCAAUCGCGGUUUCUCGGGCUACAACACGCGUCAAGCACUUGAGGUGCUACCUCAUGUCAUUCCGCCCCGGUCUUGCACCCGUAUGCGCUUCAUGACUGUCUGGUUCGGAGCAAAUGAUGCUCGACUCCCGAAUACGCCUGGAGAACCCCAACAGCAUAUUCCUCUGGACGAAUAUGUCGAGAAUACGAAAGCGAUUUUGGCACAUCCUGAUGUCAGAGGACAUGAAGGUGUUCGAAUCAUUCUCAUCACCCCUCCGCCCGUGGAUGAGCGGAAAGGUCUUGCGGCUGAUCAGGCUGGGAAGCCGAACAAUGGCGAUGUCAUUCGUCGCAAAGCCGUUGUGACGAGAGACUAUGCGAGAGCGAUCGUGCAGCUUGGGCAAGAAUCAAAUGUUCAGGUUCUGGAUCUCUGGAGUACUAUGAUCACGCGUGCGGGUGGUGCGGUUGAGGAUCCUAUUCCUACUGGUGCGAUGGAGAUGCCACAAAAUGAGAUUCUGCAAAGUUAUUUGCAUGACGGCCUCCAUUUGAGUCCGGAGGGCUACCGAGUACUUUAUGAUGAGUUCCUGGCGCUCAUCAAGAGAGUAUGGCCUGAUCAGGACCCGGACCAGCUGCCUUUUGUCCUUCCUCGAUGGGACUCGCCGGUUUGGAAGAGGGGAUCGCUGUGAAAGGUGAGGAGCACUUAUCAAAGUGCUGAGUGGAAGGGAUAGGGCUACAAGGUGUAUGGGGCCUUUGUCCUUCUGCUCCUCGAAUCGAUAAUCGAGACUGGAGACACUGUCAAAGCUGUAUCUUAUCGACCGACACACUCGUGGAACUUAGGCUCACACCAGUUGACAUGCAUGCAGCAAAAACGACACUCUUCGUGAUGUACAGCGCAUAUACCUCUCAUCGCCAUCGUGUCUCGGCUUCCACUCACCACAUGCUCAGAGCAGAUACCAAAACCUCACCACUAGACAGUAUUGCUCACACGUAGCGAGGCACUGCGCUACAUACAGACUCCC